CGCCGGGGUCACGCGCCCGAGUGCAGGCAGAAUGGGGUCUGGGCUUUCGGGCCUCGCCGGGAAGCUGGAGUCCUGACUCCCAGCCAGGGACUCCACAUGGCAUUCCAGGGGCGGGGGGCACGCUCUGCAAAGGAGAAACUGAGGCCCAAGGAAUUGGGGUACUUUUCCUAAAGUCAUAAAGCUGAGUUCGACCUGUACCGUGGGAUCCCCACUCUCUCUCAGAAGAAUCUACCCUAUCCUUGUCUUCUCAUUCUGUCCUCUGAGCUUCCCAGUAAGCACACGGCCUCAAGACCACCCUUGACACCGUCAGCCACGUUAUGCAUGCCCAAGGUCCCCUCAGCCUACCGUCCCUGACGCUGCCUCUUGCCUCCUCUGUCCUGAUGCUGCUGCUGGGCAGCCUGUGGCUGGUGGGGGCUGGGCCCAGCCUUGCCCUGGCCCCCGAGCUGCUGCUGGACCCUUGGCAGGCACACCGGCUGCUGACCCAUGCCUUGGGCCACACGGCCCUACCUGGCCUGCUCCUGAGCCUGCUGCUCCUGCCCACUCUGGGCUGGUGGCAGGAGUGCCACCUGGGAACUCUGCGGUUCCUGCAUGCCUCUGCCCUGCUCGCCCUGGCUGCUGGGCUCAUGGGGGUGCUGCUGGCGGGCCUUGGGGUGUCCAGUGCAGCUGGCGGCUGCGGCUACAUGCCCGUCCACCUGGCCAUGCUGGCAGGGCAGGGUCACCACCCUCGCCAGCCCCAGGGGGUCCUGCCACCGUGGCUCCUGCCCUGGCUCCUGCUGGCCUUGACACCACUGCUCAGCUCCGAGCCGCCCUUCCUGCAGCUCUUCUGCGGCCUUCUUGCCGGCCUGGCCUAUGCAGCAGGGGCCUUCCGGUGGCUGGAGCUGUCAGAGCGGCGGCUGCAAGCACUGCAGGAGGGCGUCUUGUGCAGGGCACUGGCCGGGGGCUGGCCGCUCCGACUCCUUCCUACCCCAGGCAUCCCAGCUGAGCUGCCGCUCACCCAUCCUGCCGGAGCGAGGCCUCCCACCCCCGGACCUCCUUACAUGGCCUCCCCUAGCCUCUGGGCCCUCAGUGAAGGCUCAGCCCUGCUCCUGCCAGGCCUGGGGCCUGUGCAGCCAGCCUGGGAGGGCUCCUCAGAGGUGGGCCUGGCCUGGGCUGGGCCCAGCUUCCCCCCAGGGACCCCACUGUGGGCAGCCCUGGAUGAGCAGCUGCUGCAGGAGGGGAUCGAGGCCUCACUCCUCGAGGGGCCGCGUCCCGAGAGCCCACUCCGGGUGCCCAAGUCGUCUGUCUCCUCUCUGCGGCUGCAGCAGCUGGAGCGCAUGGGCUUCCCCACAGAACAGGCAGUGGUGGCCCUGGCAGCCACAGGCCGAGUGGAGGGUGCCGUGUCGCUGCUGGUUGGGGGGGAGGUGGGCACCGAGGCCCUGGUGACUCAAGGGAGGGGCGGGCCCGCUCACCCUGAGGGUCCUGGUCCUCCCUAGCCCAUGCAGGCCCUUGGGUGACAAGAGGCUUGGCCCUUUGGUGGGUAGCCUGAGCCCAGCCCUGUCUGCCAAGGGUUGCAGUGUGGUUCGGAAGAGGCCCCUCCAGCUCCCCACCCUGGUACUGUUUAGAAUAAAAACCAGUUCAUUUUUCAAGCUGGACCUCUGUGGAUGCA